UAUAAAAGCAGACCAAGAAAGUACCUUUAGUUCACACUUCGCCUUACAAGCCCAGCAACUAAUCCAAUCAAAUAAACCAAGAUGAAAUUCCAAGCUACUGUAGUUGCUGCUAUUGCUGCAUUCGCCUAUGGCCGUCAAGUCCCAGCCGGUGCCGGUGAUGCUGCCAUCACGGCUAUUAAAGAGGCUGCUGUCACAAAUGGCUGCUAUGAAGAGGGAGCCAACACCUUAGAGUGCCUCGAGGCAAUACUCAUCGAUGGUACUAAUGCAAAAUUCACUGAGUUCAAGCCACUCUUGAAGAUAAGCCCUGCCGCAUCCUAUGUAGCAACUAUCGAAACAUUGCUUGCCUCUGUUACCGCAGAUGUAGAAGCCUGCUACGGCGAGGAAGAUUGCGCCGCCACAGCCGCCUGCAACGCGGGCUACAACACGGAAGGACUGGCCGCGGAUUUCCAGGCAGACUUCGUCGAGCCCAUUGCCGCAUGCUGUGGAACAGAUGAUGUACAAACAUGCACUGAAUCUGCAAUUGAUGCUGGAAUAGUAGCAGCGUCAGGAAAUGUUGCAGAAGCGGCUGCAGAUGCAGGUGCCCGUAAGUAAGUCAAUCCCGAUGCUCAAGCCGGCAUUGUACAUUUAUAGAUAGAAUAAAGUGAUACAAAACGUGA